GAUUUUCUUCCCCAAAAUUCCCCAAUAAAAAAACAAACACAAUUUAAAACGAAGACUUCUCAAUUUUCUCUCUCUCUAAUCCGAACCCUAAUUUUAUACUAUAAUUUCCCCUCAAUUAACAAGAUUCAGGUUAGUAAUUGAUAUAGUUUGUUAGUGAAUAGUGGAAUUGACGCCAAUCAGAAAAUUUGAGAUUGAAUUUACAGUGAAAUUUUUGGAAACAAGUAACUAGGUUCAGGCCUCAUCUAACCACUGAGGAAGAAGAUUAUCUGAUGAUUUGGGGAGAGUUUUGAUAUACAGUAGCAAUGUCUGGCAUACUUAAUUCAUCGCUUAGCGGAUCAAAUUCAAACCUUCCGGAGUCCACAUCACGGCCAUUUGCAACGUCUUUUGCUGGCCAAUCUGCUGCACCUUCUCCCAUUUAUAAUCAUUCUGGUACAAUGCAAGGAAUGCAAAAUAUGAAUGGGAACUUCAGUGUUCAGAACAUGUCAAGCACUCUUACAGCUAGAAGUGCAGCAGGAAAUGGUGCUCCUUCUAGUGGUAUGCAACAGCCUAUUGGGAGCCUCUCCAGCGGACGAUAUCCUUCUAAUAAUAUUCCAGUUGGUCUCUCACAGAUAUCUCAUGGUGGCUCACAAGGACAUCCGGGGAUCCCUAAUAGAGGAGGAUUGGUAUCUCCAAUUUUGGGUAAUGCAGGUGCUCGAAUGACUAGCUCAAUGGGAAAUAUCUCUAUUGGAGGUAACAAUGGACGGAAUAUCAGUUCCGGCGGAAUGUCUGUUUCUGGGCUUGCAUCUCGCCUCAAUAUGACUGUGAAUACUGGUUCUGGAAAUUUGGCUGCACAAGGACCCAACAGAUAUAUGGGAGGUAUGCUUCAACAAGCAACCCCGCAGGUUAUGUCCAUGCUCGGAAACUCUUAUCCUUCAGCUGGUGGGCAACUAUCUCAAAACCAGAUCCAAGGAGGGAAUAACUUUAGGCCGACGGGAAUGUUAAGUGAUAUGAAUUCAAAUGAAAAUUCCCCGUUUGACAUGAUGAAUGAUUUCCCUCAGUUGAAUGGACGUCCUAGUUCUGCAGGAGGGCCUCAAGGACAAGGUUCGAUGCGAAAGCUAGGUGCUGCUGUUAGUUCAGUUGUCCAACAAAAUCAAGAAUUUAGCAUUCAAAAUGAAGAUUUUCCAGCGUUGCCUGGAUUUAAAGGUGGAAAUGCUGAUUAUGGUAUGGAUUUGCAUCAGAAAGAACAAUUUCACGAUAGUUCGGGAUCAAUGAUGCAAUCUCAGCACUUCCCUAUGGGGAGAUCUGGGGGAUUCAGUUUCUCAGAAUCGUAUCCAUCAUCACGAACCCAACAACAGCAUGCUUCAUCAGUAAGUAGCGGUGGGCUUUCUUACACACCCUCUAACAAUCAAGAUCUUCAGUUACAUGGCUCUGAUCUUUUCCCAUCUUCUCAUUCACCAUAUCACUCACAGGUUCAGUCUAGUGGACAACCAAGCAUGGGAUUAAGAAACUCCUCAAAUUCGGUAUCUGGAGUAGGAUCAUAUGACCAGCUUCUUCAGAAUUUUCAACAGCAACAGCAAAAUCAAUCUCAGUUCCGUCUAUCGCAGAUGCCAUCUGCAAGCCGACUAUAUAGAGACCGCAACAUGAAAUCAACACAUGUUUCUCAAGCUUCUCCUGACCAAUACGGGCUGCUUGGAUUAUUAAGUGUCAUACGGAUUAGUGAUAAACCCGUAUCAUCUCUUUACCUCGGCAUUGAUUUGACAAGUCUAGGUCUCAAUUUGAAUGCAGUAGAAAACUUGCACAAAACAUUUGGUUCUCCAUGGUCUGAUGAACCUGCAAAGGGGGACCCUGAGUAUACAGUACCUGAGUGCUAUUAUGCAAAACAACCACCUGUGCUACAACAAUCAUAUUUCAAAAAGUUCCAGUUGGAGACUCUGUUUUAUAUCUUCUACAGCAUGCCAAGAGAUGAGGCGCAGUUGUAUGCGGCCAACGAAUUGUAUAACAGGGGCUGGUUCUUCCACAGAGAUCUACGGAUAUGGUUUUUCAGAAUGCCAAAUUUGGAACCGCUGGCAAAGACAGAAACCUAUGAGAGAGGUUCCUACCAUUGUUUCGAUUCAACCACAUGGGAAACAGUUCGCAAGGAUAACUUUGUUCUUCAGUACAAGUCAAUUGAGAGUAGACCUGUGAUUCCGCAACACUGACAAACGACCUGCCAUACGCAUGUAAAGUAUUGUAAACGUCUUUGGACACAUUCACUUUCAACAAAUUUGUUUUACUAUUUUGUUUUUCUGUAUUGUUUGCUUAUUGUGUCCCUCAAUUGUAAACUAGACUUUUUCUCAUUCUGUAGUUUUUUGCCCCUUGAAUAAUGAAUGGCUUGUUCUUUCUUGCCAAGGGUAUUAGGUAUUUUUAUGUAAAUUUUCGUCACAUGUUUAAGAUUUUGAGUUUGUUUAACGGGAA